AUGAAGAGCUUCACGAUUGCGGCCUUGGCAGCCUUGUCUGCUGUGGCGUCAGCGUUAAGCGGCGGCAACAUCACCUCCUUUACAGAUCCAGCGACAGGCAAGACGAUCCGGCAUUUCGACUGCGACGUUAAUCGAGGGAAGGCUAGCACGCACUUCAACGAGACGGUGAAGUUCUUCCUUCGCAACUCAAGGAGGCCUGUCUCGGGCGGUAGCAGUGCAUCACUGGUAAAACGACAGACUCUCAGUCCAGCUCUCAAUGUGAAGGUGUAUAUGCAUCUAGUCACGACGGUAGCCAAGAAAGGUCUUCUCACAGAAGACAACGCAAAGGCGCAGCUCGAGGCACUGAACAAGGCAUACACCCCAAUCGGCCUCACCUUCACCCUCGCAGGUACGACGAUCGAUGCCAACGAUGCUUGGUCUGUCGGUGAUGGCACUUCCAUGGACGAUCUCAAGAAGGCUCGCCGUCAAGGUACAUACCAAGACUUGAACCUGUACUUCCACUCCGAUCUUUCCGGCGGCGUACUUGGUACCUGUACUCUGCCCUCGCAGGUCACCAAGCAGACGCUCCCCUCGCAAUACUUCUCAGACGGAUGCAACAUCAAUGCUGAGACGAUGCCAGGACGAGAAAUGACAGGAUACAACAAGGGCAUGACAGCGGUUCACGAGACCGGACACUGGCUGGGCUUGCUACACACAUUCGAGGGAUACUCUUGCACUGGCGAUGGCGACAGCAUUGCAGAUACUCCAGCGCAAAGCACCAGUACUGAUGGAUGCCCAACCAAGCCACCAAAAGACAGCUGCCCUGACCAGACCGGUGUUGACUCGAUUCAAAAUUACAUGGACUACUCAUCUGACGACUGCUACGAGGCCUUCACACCAGGACAAGUCACCAGAAUACAGAACAUGUGGAAGACUUAUCGUGCUGGUUUCUGA